AUGCUGCUGCAUCUUGGGUUGUCCUCGCACUUCUUCUUGCAUUGGUCGACAAGUACCGAGGGUUCGGGACCACCGAGUGGGGCACGUCCCAACUUGGUCCUUGGGCGCGAGAGCCAAGACACGGGGUUUGUGACCGUGCGACCAGGACUUCUCCUGCUGAUUCAGAGCUCGGCCGCGUACCGCUUUCACCUCCAGUCCGUUGACUCCUCGCGUGAAGGCGUCGCAAAGCUCCUCUUCUGGGACAUGAUGCCCAUCGGUUGCUUUGUGAGUCAGGGCGCAAUGAUCGACAACGCCAUCUUGUCGACGGCCGACGUCCCGCCGCAGCAACGUGCUUGGCUUCUCGAUCUUGUCAAUGCGACGCCACUCUGUCGCCUGCCCACCGGCGUCCAAGAGCUCGUCAUCGACUUUGUUGGCCACGCAACGCUCAGCAAAGAUGCGGCUCGCGCGGCGGCCACCGUAGCCACAGCUGCGCGAGAGGUCCUUGUCGCGGCAUCGCUCGCCUAG